AUGGGCAUCAGCAACUCAAUCGGCUCGAACACGUUCGACAUCCUGUUGUGCCUGGGUCUGCCGUGGCUGAUCAAGGCAUCGUUCCUCCCCACCACGGCGGGCCAGCACUUCGUGGGCAUCAACUCGCGUGGCCUUGAAUACAGCGCCAUCUCGCUGCUCUCGACGCUCUUCCUGCUCUACGCCACCUUCUCGCUCAACAAGUUCAAGCUCAACCGCAAGGUUGGGCAGGCGUGCCUGCUCAUGUACGGCAUGUUCCUCGUGCUGGCCUCGCUCAUCGAGCUCAACGUCUUCUUCAUGGUCAACCUGCCCACGUGCGGCCGGUGA